AUGACUUUCGUUCUUCAUCGUCUCGAUGCAGAGUUCCGAUCAUCGUCACCGGCUCCGACGAGAGAAGACAGAAUCGGUGUCUGCAUCGGAAUCUUCAAAACCGAUGGUCUCUCUCCUGAAGGUGUUACGAAGCUUGUCGACACUUUUCUAGGACAAUCCAUCGAUUUCUUCGGGGCAUUGAGGGCAAGAGUGUACGAUGAUGCAGUGAGGGAGUGGAUUGGAGGUAUUAGAGUGGAAGGCAUAGGGAAGAGGCUUGUGAACUCAAGGGAAGGGCCUCCGACAUUUGAACAACCGAAGAUAACAGUUGAGAAGCUGUUGGAGUAUGGGAACAUGUUGGUUCAAGAACAGGAUAAGGUGAAGAGAGUGCAGUUGGCGGAGACUUAUUUGGACUCGGCGGCGCUCGGAGAUGCUAACAGGGAUUCCAUUGUUAGAGGAGAGUUCUAUGGUGAGCUUAGUUAA